CUGUUCGUCUUUUAUAGCAGGCGAUUGUUCGGUUCGCCGGCCAGUUUUAUGUCAUGCGUGUCGGCGACCGAAAUCCACCAAUAAUUCUGAUUUAGUUUGACCUGUAAACACGGUAUACAACAACGCAUUGUUUACGGGUCUAUGAUUUAGUGUAUUGUAUAACUUUGGGCUUCAUAAUAUGAAGCUAUGGGUCGUGGAAAGCAUCAUCACUAGACCACGGAACUAGCUGAGGCUAGCUAGCACAGCAGUGCAUGGAGUGAGUGCUUUCCGCCAGCCGGCCGCCUGUGUGCAACUGCAACUGCACUGCAACUGCACUGUACUGCAAGUGCAAGACCUGCCGCCUAGCGCCUAAAACCAAAAAAUGGAGGACACGGCAUCUGCUUGUCUGUUUUCAUUUGGUGUGAUUUCAGACAUUCAGUAUGCUGACAUAGACAACCGCCUGAACUCCACAAAGACACACACAAGAUACUACCGCAAUGCCGUGGCACUUCUGACUAAAGCCAUAGACUACUGGAACAGCGAUGUCUCAGCGAUGCGGCCAGAUUUUGUCAUGCAGUUGGGAGAUAUCAUUGAUGGUUUUAACAAUGAAGGAGGCAAGUCACAAUCACUGCGCAGUCUCAGGGUAAUCUUGAACCAGUUUGAUAGGCUUCCAUGUACCGUACAUCAUGCACUCGGUAACCAUGAGUUCUACAAUUUCAAUCGAGUUGAGAUAAUGAACAGUAGGCUUUUCUCAGGAGUUCAGUUUGAGACUACUCCAAGAGAUUCCAAGUGUGAGUGUUUUCCUGACUUGAUCCAGCCCAAUGAAUUCAGUGCAGAGGGGUUGGCUUCAUAUUACCAUUUCAGCCCAGCUCCAGGAUUUCGGUUUGUGGUCUUAGACACAUUCAAUGAAAGCAUCAUUGGUCAUGUGGAAAAGUGCCCCAUUAAUCAGCAGUCACUGCAUCGUGUACGUACAGUCAACAAGAACGAUGAUCUGGAAUCUCCUGCUGGGUUGAAAGUCUCCGAAAAGCGAUUUCUGGCUUAUAAUGGAGGGCUUGGAGAGAAGCAGUUGGAAUGGCUUGAAGAUGUACUGCAAGGAGCAUGCUCCACUAAAGAAAAAGUCAUCUUGUUUGGGCAUGUUUCAAUCUACCCAGUCAAUGGAGAUCACACAUGUCUGUUGUGGGAUUAUCCAAAGGUUGACAAGAUGUUGCGAGCCUUUCCCUGUGUUGUUGCUGCAUUUGCCGGCCAUACCCACAACUAUGCACACACCAUUGAUGCGUCGUCUGGUAUCCACUUUGUUACCUUGCCUGGUAUAGUGGAGGUUCCACCCGGCAGUAAUGGCUUUGGCACCAUUCUGGUGUACGCCGACAAACUUGUCCUUCAUGGAGUUGGACAAAUGGGUUCUCUUGAGAUGAUAUUUGCUUAAUUAAAGCAUCCAAAUGACUGAUAUCUUAUAACACAUCCUGGGUUUAUGCUUUAUGGUGGGUUUAGAGUGAGUGUGGUGAGAUUAUGCAAUGCAAAUUAAUGAUAUUAUUGAUAGGAUUUCUCUGUUCUUCUCUUAUUGUAUAUAAUAGUUAUCCAAAGGAAGACAAGUGUUACAUGUGUUUGUUUAUGGUAUAAAUCGAGGACACACACGUGCAACAUUAUCGAUGAAUCGAGGACAGGAACCAAAUCGAGGACUCCUCGGUUGGAAAACAUGUACAAAACCAAUGAGAGCCGUUGCAAAAAAGUUACAAACAAAGGAAAAGGGAAGAGGAACAAAAGAAAAUCCUCGAUUUACACCAUCAACAAACGUGCUAGUGUGUGUGUGUGAUCUUCCAAUACAAUGCACUGUACUUUUGUAAGCUCUGUUGAUAUCGAUAUUUUUUAU